CCCGCCCCUCGGCGCCGCUUGGCGGGAAAGGCCGGGCUUUGGCGGGCUCAGAGUAGAGGCGACCGGCUGGAGGGGGACAGCCGGGCAGUCGGAGCUCAACCCGGCCCGCAGGGACAGGCCCGGGACGCCUCUCGCCCAACAUGCCUGCCGAGGGGGAGCUGCGCAGCGCGGCGGCCGCCGGCCCGGAGAACGACGAGCCGCAGUACCUGCGCCAGGUCCAGCACAUCCUGCAGCACGGCCACCGGAAGCAGGACCGCACCGGCACCGGCACCAUCUCCGUCUUCGGCAUGCAGGCGCGGUACAGCCUGAGAGAUCAGUUUCCACUGCUAACAACGAAGAGGGUAUUCUGGAAAGGAGUGCUGGAGGAGCUGCUGUGGUUCAUCAAGGGUUCUACGAAUGCUAAAGAGCUCUCUGCAAAAGGUGUGAAGAUUUGGGAUGCUAAUGGAUCACGUGAGUUCCUGGAUAAGCAGGGUUUCAGCACCAGAGAGGAGGGGGAUUUGGGACCAGUUUAUGGUUUCCAGUGGAGGCACUUUGGAGCAGAAUACAAAGAUAUGCACACAGAUUACUCCAACCAAGGAGUUGAUCAGUUGCAAAAAGUGAUUGAAACGAUCAAAACCAAUCCAGAUGACAGAAGAAUCAUUAUGUGUGCUUGGAAUCCCAAAGAUAUUUCUCUGAUGGCUCUGCCUCCAUGCCAUGCCCUUUGCCAGUUCUAUGUUCUAAACGGUGAAUUGUCUUGCCAACUCUAUCAGAGGUCUGGAGAUAUGGGACUAGGAGUGCCUUUCAAUAUUGCCAGCUAUUCACUGCUCACUUACAUGAUUGCCCAUGUCACAGGGCUAAAGCCUGGAGAGUUCAUACACACGUUAGGAGAUGCUCACAUAUAUCUGAAUCAUGUGGAACCUCUAAAAGUUCAACUUCAGAGGGAGCCAAGACCUUUCCCCAAACUCAGAAUUCUACGUAAAGUUGAAGACAUCAGUGACUUUAAAGCAGAAGACUUUCAGAUUGAAGAUUAUAAUCCUCAUCCACCUAUUAAAAUGGAGAUGGCUGUUUAAUGCUAUAAAGCAGCUUCUAUUAAUGUGGAAAUGCACCUAAGCUACUUAGCUUUCUCUGUACUUAAAGUUAUGGGGGUUUUAUAUACUUCAAAAGAUAUAUACUUAAUUAUUGAAAAAGAAACAGAUACUAGUAGACCAGUACUGCCUUCAGUACUAAACUGUAGUCAUACAGAAGAGAUGAUUGUUUUUUCCUGCUGUGCUGUGCAGAUACUAACCCAGUUUUAAGUUGUUAGUGAGAUGAUAGUUUUCUACAUUGUUUCAGUUACUGGUGGCUGCUUCUGUUACCAUUCAGUUACUAUGUGUGAGUAGCACUUGCUUACAUGCUUUAUGCAGUACUGAAAAUAAGAACUUUUAUGUAUGAUAGAGCAUUCCUUCAAGGUUGUAGAAGUCUUUAAAUGUGUUCUAAAGAGUAUAUGUUUAAUAAAGCUUUUUAAAAAAAAUCUUCUAGAAGGGAUGAUGCAUAUUUAAUUUUAGUAUGUUUGUUUGUAGUUAGUAAAUAAGAGUGGGAAAGCAAAGGUAAACUGUUUUAUUUCAGCAUCUCAGAGGGUGAGAUCUAGCAAGGAAAAACAAACUCAAACUUCCCAUGGUCUUCAUAGAUGAACCAGCAGGAAGACAAAAGAUCUUAAUGGAGCCUUGUCUGAAAUGCGGUAUCUGCAUCACAUCUCUGUAUCAGCAUUUUUUUUUAUUCCCCAACCCUACAUGAAUGAUGAAUUUGAUAUAAAUCAAAUAGAGCUGGAGUUAAACAGAGGUUACCAGAUAGUAGUAGUAAUAAUCUGUCUGUCAUCAUUUAAAACUAGAUUCCACAAGCACAUGGAUUAAUUUUGCAGCCUGGAAUAGUAAAAGUUAGAGAUAGUAGUAUUUGUGAGCUUAUUAAUUAAAUCUUAGCAGACUUCAGCUUUCAUCUCUCCUUAUCCUUGCAAAUUCUGCAAUAACUUCAGUCCUUAUAAAAUUCCUCUUCAGGAAUUGAACUGUGAAUAGAUCUACGGUUAAUAUUCAGACAUAGCAUAUUCAAUACAUGCUUGAACACGUGGAGAAAUGCAUAGUAAAAGUCAGUAAACUGGUAAAUAUCAUUGUAAAAUUGUACAAUUUGAGAUAAUACUAAGAAUUUAAUAAACAGUGUGCUUUGAUUCCAUUCAUUCA